GUAUGAAUGUUUGGACGUCAGGCUUGGAGAUCAAUAUGCUGCCAGUUAUACAGAGCUCUCAGCUGGGUCAUGUCCUGGUCAUCGGAUCCUGGCUCCUAGCGCCUUCCAACCGAAAGACCGCCGCUCGUCACACGAGUGAUCAUAUGGAAGAACAAACAAUAACCGUGGAAACCCAUUUAAUACCGAGGUAGAUAAGCAGGAACUUGAGCUUACCAUCGCAUAGAGCCAUGCCAGACCAGAUACAUAUCCUCUUCAUAGGGGCUACAGGAUACAUUGGAGGUACUUUCCUUCACCGCAUCUUGGAGCACCUCGCUGCCUCAACAUUAAAGAUCACUACUCUCGUCCGAUGUCGUGAGAAGGCUCAGAAACUCCGGAUGUUGAACCUUGGGAUAAAUAUUCUGGAAGGCUCUUCGGAGGACAUUGCAUUACUAGAAGAGCUAGCUGAGAAGGCUGAUAUCUACAUCAAUGCGUACUCAAGUGACGAUUUCUCCGGGACAGAAGCAAUUUUACGAGGCUUGAAAACGCGACAUAAAAAUACGGGCAGGAAACCAGCUAUCAUUCACCUUUCAGGCGCUGCGGUUAUCGUAGAUGAUGCCUGGGGGAAAUCUUCUUGCACGGUUUAUGAUGACGUUGACUGCGAGCAAAUGGCGGCAAUCCCCAUCACUCAACUGCAUCGAAAUGUUGACUCCGAGCUGGUUAAUGCAGACGAGGAAGGAUAUAUCCGAUCCUACAUUAUAAUACCAGGAGCAAUAUUUGGUACCUCAUCCGGCGUGCUAUCCCGUGCCGAGAUUCGAAGAAGCAACUUCCCGAUCAUGAAUAUACUUACACCCCCCGCAAGGGACCAUGGUACCGGCGUUAUCGUAGGAGAAGGUUACAACAGAUGGCCGGUCGUCGAUAUCAAUGAGCUAGGAGAUCUGCUUAUACUCGUCUUCAGUAAUGUUGUCUCCACACCGGUUCUUCCACAUGGAAAAAAUGGUUAUCUUUUUGCCGAGAACGGUGAGAUUGCAUUACGGGAUCUCGCAAAAGCCAUGACGAAGGGAAUAAAACGUGGUAAUGAUGGUACGGGGGACGAAGACGAAAUAAUAUCCCUGACUGAUGACGAACUAAAUCGGUACUUAUCCCUGUAUGAAAUUCGACGCGCCAUCAGUGGCAAUGCCAGAUGCCGUGGAACGAGAGCCAGACAGCUCGGCUGGGUUCCAGUUCGUGGAGCGAAAGAUUUUUUAGAGGAUAUGGAGCGUAUUGCCGCAGCCAUCGGCCAAUAGGUCUUGUCAAUAUAUCACAUAUAUACGCUGUCCGGUCUCCGUAUACUCAUCUUCACGGUAAUUGGAUAUCUGGACCUCCGGAAGACGCGACAUACUAAUGUUCGUCGACGACGGUCUGAUCAAACGAAACUGAGAUAGAUAUAAGUUGCUGUAUUGCAUUGUCAGACGCUCCUCUGGCUCUGCGAUAGUUGCAGCCUUCAAGUUGCGACCACCGAGAUUAUCAUUCUUAGCUUGACUCCCAAGUUUAGCAGUGGUGCCUGUGCAGUGUGCAUGUCAAGUGCGGUAUUGAAAAUCUUUGAAC